UCUAAUGCAGCUUCCUUCCUGUAGCUGUUUGUGCCACUUGAUUGCUAGAUUCGCUACAGUCAUAUCGUUGUUUUUAUACGGAACACACUGCUGCUGUGGUUUCAUGCAGGCAACUUUCUAACUGGUGAUGUAUCUGUGUAUAAACACUGGGGAAAUGCGUGCAUCACAACGAACGUCUAUUAAAUAGUCUUAGUGUUACACAAUCUCACUGACUAUGAACAAGAUGAAGAAGAAGCUGCCUGAGCAGAUCCUGAAUCACAUCCUGGAGAUUCUCUACCUGCUGACGGGAGAGCGUGUGAAUAACUCACUGACAGCGAGUCACAUGACCGGGGACAAGAUGACAACAGAGAGGAUACUGACCCACUCUCUGCAGAUCAUGUACCUGCUGACAGGGGAGGUGCCUAUAAAGUGUGAUGAUGUUGCUGUGUAUUUCUCUAUGGAGGAGUGGGAGUAUAUAGAGGGACACAAGGAGCUUUACAAGGACGUCAUGAUGGAGACUCACCAAGCACUAAGGACUAUGGAGAUCCCAGGAAGUGAGAGCUCAGGUGAAAAUGAUGCUAAGAUUUCAUGUAACACGGAACAAACAGAAGAUCAGUGGCAAAGAAAUAUGCCAGAAGCAGAGCAGGAAAUGUGUGACAAUAUAAGUACAGGUGAAUUCACAAACUGCAAUAAUCCUAGUCAUGAUCAGAGUGCAGAUGCUUCUUUACAUCUUCUUCAAAAUCAAAGAAGCCACGUGGGAAAUUUAUGUUCUGACUGUGGGAAAUGUUUUCUUAAGAAAUCACAUCUUCUUAAACAUCUAAAAAUUCAUAGAGGAGAAAAUCCAUUUUCCUGUCCUAUAUGUGGGAAAUUUUUUAACCAUAAAAGAAAUCUUGUUGCUCAUCAGAAAAUUCAUACAGGAGAAAAAGGAUUUUCAUGUUCUGACUGUGGGAAAUGUUUUAAUCAGAAAUCAAAUCUUACUACGCAUCAGAAAAUUCAUACAGGGGAGAAAGGAUUUUUAUGUUCUGACUGUGGAAAAUGUUUUAACCAGAAAACUCAUCUUCUUAGCCAUCAGAAAAUUCAUAUAGGGGAGAAAGGAUUUUUAUGUUCUGACUGUGGGAAAUGUUUUACUCACAAAUCAAGUCUUAUUAGGCAUCAGAAAAUUCAUACAGGGGAGAAAGCAUUUUCAUGUUCUAAAUGUGGAAAAUGUUUUGCUCUGAAAUCAACUUUUCUUAGCCAUCUGAAAAUCCAUACAGGGGAGAAAGGAUUUUCAUGUUCUAAAUGUGGGAAAUGUUUUACUCAGAAAACUCUUAUUAGGCAUCAGAAAACUCAUAUUAAAAUAAAUCAGAGUUUAACCUCCUAAGUACAGAGGGUGGUAUUUAGUUGUCACCCACACAAUACCAAGUGCUGAUGAUGGCUGCAUGUGACGUCCUGGGGUGUGCAGUUUUGGAACUGUUUGAGGCCACUUCUGCACCUCAAGCAUUUAUGAGGUGACCCCAGGGUGGAUGGGAUUUAAAUCAAAUUGAUUUAAAUCACUAGUCAGUAAGAUUUUAUUAAAGGGAUACUGAACCCAAAUUUUUUCUAUCGUGAUUCAGAUAGAGCAUGCAAUUUUAAGAAACUUUCUAAUUUACUCAUAUUAUCAUAUUCUUUUCAUUCUCUUGGUAUCUUUAUUUGAAAUGCAAGAAUGUGUUUAGAUGCCGGCCCAUUUUUGGUGAACACACUGUGGUGUUCUUGCUGAUUGGUUAGUAAAUUCACUUACCAAUAAACAAGUGCUUUCCAUGGUUCUUAACAAAAAAAAUAGCUUAGAUGCCUUCUUUUUCAAAUAAAGAAAGCAAGAGAACGAAGAAAAAUUGAUAAU